AUGGCAACCCGCUCCCGGAGCACCGCUCGUCCCCCGUCCCCUCUUGAUCAAGGAGAGUUGGGACCCGCUAUUUUGGCAACCGCCGAUGAGCCAACAAGCCUCGAACCCGAGGUCUACAGGGAAAUAUCCCUUGGACAAGCAAUCUCCCUUAUCCUGGGAUUGCAAAAUCAAAUCCUCCGACUCGAGCGGGAACUUGAGGAAACAAAGGAAGCAACAAAGGAAGCCCAAGACUGGAUGGGCGCAGUUGAUCAAGCCCUCACUUGCAUUGAGGCUAGGGGUGGAGCCCCCACACACCAGAAGACCGGAAACCUCCGGCAGUCAAGGCCACGCCCAGGCCCCUAUCCAAAACCAACACCUUUUCCAGCGCCUAGUGCGCCCCUCAUCUCCUGGGCCGCCCCCUCCAAAGCUCCCCCUGCCUUUGCACAACCAACUCCCGUCCGGGCUCCCCCACGAGUCCAUACUCCCCCUCCGCCUUCGCCUAUCCGCCUCCGCUCCCCUCAAAUCCCACAACCAGCGGUCCCUGUAGCCGCUUAUCAAGCCCCUGUCAAGGUAGACCACCCUGACGCCUAUACGGGGAAAAUAGGGAACAAAGCCCGCCAAUGGCUCACGCGGAUGUUGGCAUGGGUACGUCUAAACCAAAGGAUGUUCCCAACCAAUCAGGAGGUCCUGUCAUUCCUCCUGAUGAAUAUGAAGGACGUGGCAGGAGCAUGGGCCCACCCCCAUCUUGACCAACUAGGGUCCCACAGGGCCCUAAUCCAAUCGGUCAACGACUUCAGGACGGAGUUCUUGGCUGCAUUCGGCAACCCGGAUGCUACGCGAGCCGCUGAGCGGCAAAUCACCCACCUCACUCAGACAGGCACCUGUGCUGAGUAUAUUACAAAGUUCAGAACCAUUGCUAUGGACCUGGACUGGAAUGACGCCGCCCUUUGUGGGCAAUUCGCACGUGGCCUCCACUGGGAGGUCAGCCGCCUCAUUGCCACCCAAGAACGGUGCCCAACCACCCUCCUGGAGCUGCAGAACGCGGCCCUGGUCAUCGAUAACGCCCUCCGUGAGGAGCGCGCCAGCCACCCGCCUAAGGGUAAUAAGUCUGGUUCCUCCACUACCACCCCCAAUAGGGGGGCGAGUACUGGCCAACAGGCCACAAGACCAGAGCGCCUCUCCAGCGACCCCAACUUUGUCUCCAAGGAGGAGCGCAACCGCCGCAGGGCUGAAGGCCUCUGCAUCAAAUGCGGUAAGGCGGGCCAUAAAUUUGCGGAAUGCCGCACUGGCUGGAAAGCCACACCCAAGGAGGAAGGUGUCAAGAAGGAAGCCGCCAAGAUUGGCAAAGAACUAAGGGUACCUGCUGCCGCGCGCAAGGACCCCAAGGACUCUGGGCUUAUUGAAAUUUGUAAUAUAUCGAAUAGCAUCAAUAGAAUUUCCCCACUCUUCACAAUUUCAAUUAAGCCAGAGAAACAAGCGGACCCACUAGAAGUCCUGAUAGAUUCAGGCGCUACAUCAUUGUUCCUUCACCCUCACACCGCAGAGCUACUCCGCCUACCCCUAAUAGACCUCCCUCAACCCCGUACCGUAACCAUGCUCGAUGGGUUGAGCCCCCAGGCUGGAAAGAUUUGGAAGAAGGCCCACCUAACCUUCCUAUUUGAUGGCAAACAAAUGACGGAAACCUUCCUGAUUUGCAACACCGGAUCACACGCCGCCAUCCUAGGAAUCAAAUGGUUAGAGGCCCACAACCCUGAAAUUGAUUGGAACUCCCGUACCCUCUCUUUCCCCCACACUCCACCAGAUCACGCUGCUAUUGCCAAGGAGGAGGAAGCUGAUAAAAAUCCUCUUGAAGGAGUACCCCCUGAUUACCACCAGUACGCCAAGGUAUUUGGGGAAGAAGAAUUCAACAAACUUCCCCCGCACAGGCAUUACAACAUUGCCAUCGAACUCACGGAAGAAGGCCCACUUAAUUCCCCGUUGUACAGCAUGACUGAUGCCAAGUCUGUCACACUCAAGGACUGGCUUAGGGACAAACUCAAGGCUGGAAAAAUCCGCCCCAGCAAAUCGUCGAUUAGCUCCCCUGUCAUGUUUGUCCCCAAAAAGGAUGGCUCCCGUCGCCUUGUAGUUGACUACCGUUGCCUCAAUAACCGGACUAAAAAGAAUGUGUACCCAUUACCCCGUCCUGAUGACCUCAUGGCCCAGCUCCGCGGCGCCAAGGUAUUCACCAAGCUAGACUUACAAUGGGGUUAUAACAAUGUCCGAGUCAAGGAAGGAGACAAGUGGAAAACAGCUUUCCGCACCAAGUACGGCCUAUACAAAUCCCUGGUAAUGACUUUUGGUUUGACAAACGCCCCCGCUGCUUUUCAACACUUCAUGAACAAAUUGUUCAAGGAUCUAUUGGACGUAUGCGUCAUCAUAUACCUAGAUGACAUCCUGAUUUACUCCAAGGAUGACGCAUCCCAUACUCAGCACGUCCAUGAAGUUUUGCGGCGCUUAUUAGAAAACCAACUGUUCUGUAAGGCCUCAAAAUGUACCUUCCACGUCACUUCCGUGGAAUACUUGGGAAUCAUUGUGUCGGAUAAGGGUUUCAGUUUGGAUAAGCUCAAAAUCCAGGCAGUACAGGAAUGGCCUAUUCCUACCAAGGUUAAGGAGGUCCAAUCCUUCCUUGGGUUUGCUAAUUUCCUUCACCAAUUUGUUGCAAACUUCAGCCACGUAGCACGUCCCCUGCAUAACCUGGUAAAGAAAGACACACCGUGGAAAUGGGAAGAAAAGGAACAAGCCGCCUUCCAAGGGUUGAAAGACGCCAUUACCAACGCUCCGGUACUUUGCCACGCAGACCCCACCAAGCCUUACUUCCUUGAAACGGACGCAUCCGGCGCAGCUUUGGGAUCCAUACUUAGUCAACGUCAAGAAGAUGGCCGGUUACACCCACUGGGUUUCCAUUUGGAGUCAUUCAAGGGAGCAGAACAGAAUUAUGAUACGCACAACAAGGAAUUACUUGCGAUCAUCCGUUCCCUUGAAUACUGGCGUAUUUUCCUGGAAGGGACAGUCCACCCAAUCACGGUCUUUACGGAUCACCGGAACCUAGAAUACUGGAAGGAGUCAAGGACCUUUAACCGUUGUCAUGCACGGUGGCACCUACUACUAGCAGGAUACAACUUCCAAAUUGUGUACCACCCAGGCAAACAAUCCGGCAAACCAGACGCCCUAUCCCGCCAAUCCAACCAUGCUGACAUUCCCCCUGCCAGCCAGACCAUGCUACCAGAUCCUGUUUUUGCCAACAUAGCCGUGGUAACACCCGAGAAGGAGAUCCAACGCCUGAUCGAAGCCGCCCUAGACCAAGAUGAAUCCCUGGAGGAAAUAUUACAAUUCCUCCAAAACGAGUCCAAGGCGCCCCCAUCCAUCAAACGCGCAUUCAAAGAUUACCAGAUGGAGGCAGGACUUCUUUUCUACCAGGGCCAAAUUGUGGUACCAGAUGUAGGGACUCUGAGAACGGACCUUCUUUGGAUUUUUCAUGACAGCCCCUUAGCCGGCCACCCGGGAAGACAACGGACGCUAGAACUACUGUCCUGUAACUACUACUGGCCAGGCAUCCGCGCGGACACCUACUGGCAUGUGGAUUCCUGUGAAACCUGCCAACGAAUAAGGAAGCCAAAGUACACCUCCAUUCCCCCGCAGCCGCUCGAACUCCCAACUAGACCAUGGCAAUACGUCUCCUAUGACAUGAUUGUAGACUUACCAAGAGACGGGAACCACAACUCAAUCCUGGUCAUAGUGGAUAGCUUCACCAAGUAUGGGAUCUUUGUCAAAUGCUCCAAGAAGCUAAAAGCACCCGAGUUAGCGGAGUUGUUCCUGGAACACGUAUGGAAACGCCACGGCAUGCCGGAGAAGACUAUAUCCGACAGAGGAAGGGUCUUCAACAACAAAUUCCUGCGGGCCCUGUACAAACGCCUUGGCAUUGACCCACACUUCUCAUUGGCGUACCACCCCCAGAGCGACGGACAAACAGAACGGGUCAACCCCUCUAUUGAACACUUCCUCAGAGCUUAUUCAGGGAUCAAUCAACGGGACUGGGCUAAAUGGCUCCCUAUGGCGGAGUUUGCAUACAACAAUGCCGUACACAGUAGCACGGGUAAAACCCCCUUCAAAGCAUUGUAUGGAUGGGAACCUACCUUAACCCCAUCCAACGUACCUACAGACGUCCCGGAAGCAGAUGACCUUGCCCAAACAAUGGAAACCCAAUGGAAGGAAGUGGAAUCCGCCCUCCGGCAAUCUAAGCAACGAAUGAUAGCCGGAGAAGAUGGGAGCCCAAUAGAAUUCGAAGUCGGAGAAGAGGCAUGGCUUGAUGCCAGGAACGUGAACCUCAAAACCCUGAGCCCAAAGCUAACGGAGCAACGCCUAGGGCCGUUCAAGCUACCUCCAACCAUGCGCAUCCACAACGUAUUCUACGUAGGGCUCCUGUCUAAAGUCAAAAGGGAUGAUAAACGCACCUUCGAAAAUUGCCCUCCACCGGUCACCGUGGAUGGAGAGGAAGAAUAUGAGGUUGAAGGGAUCACGGACAUGGAAGAAAGGGGCGGGAAAUGGUUCUUUAGGGUAAAAUGGAAGGGCUAUGGAUCAGAGGAGAACACUUGGGAACCAAGGGAAAACCUCAAAAACGCCGAAAAAAUCCUAAAAAAUUUUGAGAAAGAGAUGAAAAAGAAGGCCCUCGGCGCUGCCAAGGCCCUUAGAGGGGGGGCAGUGUUGUAG